UUCUUCUUCACGAGCCGGUGUCCUAUUUUUCCCUUCCAAAACCAUCCAAAAAUAUUUUCCUUUUAGUUCUACACCAUGGAUGGGCCGGGUUACCCAAAACCUAAACUUUUUUACAAUCCGACCCGACUUUCUCAAUUCACCCCUUUCUUUGCUCUCUUUUUUAUAGCAGUUUCGUUUCCCAUGAUUGUACUCAAAUCAUCGUUUUAUUAUGAAGAUUUAACCUAAGAAAAAGGAAAAAUGUGGAACACACAGACCUUGGUACGGCACGUAACCCGGAAAUUCUCGAAGGGAGGGGGAUCAAUCUUGAAAAUGUCCUUCUUCCCUUGGCUACGUGCUUGUCUCUUAAUAUUACUCUUAAUUUUAGUAUUAAAAUUUAUUUUUUUCAGACCUCUUUCAAAUAUUCGUUUACCAAUAAAUUCAACAUUCUCAACACCAAUUCAAUUGCAUAAUCCACAUUUUACAACUCUUCGAAUUUUGGAAAUAUUUUCUAGUGAUUGUAAUAUUCAAUUAGAGUUUCCAACAGAAUUUUUAAUUAAAUCAAAUAAUUCAAUAAAAUCGGUAAAUUAAAAAUUUUUUAGAAUAUUUUUGGUAUUUUUCCGUUAUAUGCGUGCAAAUUCGUCGGUUGUACUAUUACUUUACCCAAACUCAUUCGAUCUAUAUUCUUUUGUUUCGUCAGUCUAAGUCGAAUAGUAGCACUUUUCUAGUUGUGGAAAUGCAUGCG